AUGGUUUACGUCGGUAUUCCGAAAAAUUACACGCAGUCUCCGUCGUCUUUCGCGGGGACUCCUUCUCUGACCAUCAACUAUGAGGCCACCCAGGAUCUUGACUCCAGCAGUGCCUUUGAAGGUCCCGAGAAGCUACUCGAGGUCUGGUUUGCUCCGUCUGCCAGCGAGCUUGGCGCCGCGGGCCCUGAGGGCCUGAAGAAGGUACCUGGCGAGAUUUGGAAGGACAUGCUGGAUCUUGUCAACUGCCAGGUUCUGUCGGUUGUCUCAUCCGAGGAUGUGGAUGCCUACCUUCUGUCCGAGUCCAGCAUGUUCGUCUGGCCUCACAAGUUGAUCCUCAAGACCUGUGGUACUACGACUCUUCUGUCGGGUCUUCCGCGCAUCUUAGAGAUCGCCGCCCUCUUUGCAGGCUUCCCUCGCGCUACUGCCCCGCCGUCUCGCGGCAUCACCGUUGCGGCCGCUCCUUACCGGGUUUUCUACAGCCGCAAGAACUACUUGUUCCCUGACCGCCAGCGCGGCCCUCACCGCAGCUGGCGUGACGAGGUCCGCAACAUGGACAAGUUGUUCCAGAACGGAAGCGCCUACAUGAUUGGCAAGAUGAACGGAGAGCAUUGGUACCUGUACCUGACUGAGCCUCACACGCUGCUCACUCCGCCGGCCAGCCCCAAGGAGGAGGAUGGCCAUUUCCCCGAGACUGAGACCAAGGUCCUCAGUUUCCCCCAGGCCUCCCCUAUUACCGACUGCAAUGAGCACGAUGAGACUCUCGAGGUCCUGAUGACUGACUUGGACGAGGAGAACGCGAAGCAGUUCUACCUGGAUAACGCUACCGCUGCGGCGGAGAAGCGUUACCGCAACUUUGACAAAGACGAGCACCUUGAUGUGUUCGACAACGGCUCCGACCCCGAUGACCCUGACGCGGAUCGUCUGCUGCCAGCAGAGCUGACCACUGAAGGUCACGCGCUCGGCACUGUGGUGUCCGAUGCUUGCGGCCUGUCCGACGUUUAUCCCAAGAGCAAGUUCCCCGAUGCUCGCAUUGACGCGUACCUUUUCACGCCUUGUGGCUUCUCUGCCAACGGCGUCGUCCCCGCUCCGGAUGGCAAGACUCCUACGCACUAUUUCACCGUGCACGUUACUCCGGAGCCGCACUGCUCCUAUGCCUCGUUCGAGACCAACGUUCCGCACUCGCAGAACGGAAAGGCCACCACCGACAUCAUUCAGCAGGUUGUGGAUAUCUUCAAGCCCGGCCGUUUCAGCAUCACUUUGUUUGAGACUAAGCCUGCAAUCGAGGAUAUGGCUGAUGCGAAUGGCUUCCACGAGGCGCACGCGCAGCGCCAGGCCAUGCGUCGCAAUCCCAAGAUGGAGCAAAUUGAGGGUUACCGCCGCGUUGACCGCAUCGUUCACGACCUGAAUGGGUACGACCUUGUGUUCCGCUACUAUGAGCGCGAUGACUGGAAAGGGGGGGCUCCCCGGCUUGGAGAGAAGUUCUAA